AGGGAGAGCCCUGCCGGCUGCCCAGGCUCCGGACGCGGGGAGAGCCAGCGCGAAGUAGGUGCGGGAGGCGGAGGAGAAGCCGGAGGAGACGGAGAGAAAGGAGGAGGAAGAGGAGGAGAAGAGGAGGAGGAGGAGGAGGAGGAGAGGAGGAGGGGAGGCGCUCUGGUCGCCGUCAGUGGGCAGCGGAGACGCGGCAUGCCCCUGGCAGGGGAGAGCGGGCUGUCCUCAUCUGGGCCAUGGGGACCCGCGCGUUGACAAUGCCGGGGUGACAGCGCAACGCCAGCCACCCGCCACCUCCACCACCAUCACCUCCCGCACUCAGCCUGCCCACCGACCAGCACAGCACCAGCCUCCGCCUCUCUCUCUCUCUCUCUCUCUCUCUCUCUCUCUCUCUCUCUCUCUCUCAUUGUUUCCCCUCUACGGAGGAUGGGGUCGGCUGAUGAUUAGGUCGGAAGCAAGUGAGAUCUUCCUCCUAAGUCGGGUAAUAUUUAUGUAGGAAAAAGAAAAAAGAGAGAGAGAGAUAGAGAGGGAAGAGAGAGAGAGAGAGAGAGAGAGAGAGAGAGAGAGAGAAGAAACGGGAGGAGGGGGUAAAGAAAUUAAACCCUUUAAGUCAAUGCUGCAUAUUGUGGAGACACCCUCACAGGAGCCCUCACGGUGGAGACGGCCAGGGCUGUACGUUCCCAAAAUAUGACCAGGGGUGCUUGGAUGUGUCGGCAGUAUGACGACGGCUUAAAAAUCUGGUUGGCAGCACCCCGGGAGAACGAGAAACCGUUCAUCGAUUCAGAGAGGGCUCAGAAAUGGCGACUGUCUCUGGCUUCUCUCUUGUUUUUCACAGUCCUGCUCUCUGAUCACUUGUGGUUUUGUGCCGAGGCCAAACUGACCCGGACCCGGGACAAGGAGAAUCACCAACAGCAACAGCAGCAGCAGCAGCAGCGGCAGCAGCAUCAGCAGCGGCAGAGGCAGCAGCAGCAGCGGCAGCGCCAACAGGAGCCCUCCUGGCCCGCGCUCCUGGCCAGCAUGGGGGAGUCCUCGCCCGCCCAGGCACAGAGACUCCUCUCCGCCUCCUCGUCCCCCACCCUGCCCCCCUCCCCGGGAGGCGGCGGCGGCAGCAGCAAGGGCAACCGAGGCAAAAACAACCGGAGCAAGGCUCUUUUUCUAGGAAACUCUGCCAAACCCGUGUGGCGCCUGGAGACUUGUUACCCCCAGGGCGCCUCCUCCGGCCAGUGCUUCACCGUGGAGAGCGCGGACGCUGUGUGCGCCAGGAACUGGAGUCGGGGGGCGGCCGGGGGGGAGGAGCAGCAGGCAAGGGGCUCGCGGCCAACUCCGAUCUGGAACUUGUCGGAUUUUUACCUUUCGUUUUGUAAUUCCUACACACUUUGGGAGUUGUUUUCGGGGCUGUCCAGUCCCAGCACUUUGAACUGCAGUCUGGACGUGGUGCUCAAGGAGGGCGGUGAGAUGACUACGUGCAGACAAUGCGUCGAGGCUUACCAAGACUACGACCACCACGCUCAGGAGAAGUAUGAAGAGUUCGAAAGUGUGCUGCAUAAGUACUUACAGUCGGACGAGUACUCGGUGAAGUCCUGUCCUGAGGACUGUAAGGGACAACUGGAAUCUUAGGUCAUUUCAAAAGGCAGAAAUCGUAAAGAAGGUUCUGGCAGAAGAAAUCGGUUCAAUGCUACAGACUUUUUCCAGCUUUUAUUUUACUGGG